AUGCAUUAUGAGGAUGUAUCUAGUGAUUUAUAUGCUUAUAAAAAUUGUAAAAAUAAUUUGGAAUGCGUUUAUGCAUCUAUAUCACAAACCUAUGAUUUGCCACCAGAAAUUAUUUUAUCCAAGGCUGAUGACGGAGUGAAGUUGCAGUUGGAUUACGUUCAUGCUGACAAUGUGAUAAUAAGCAGUGUUUCUUUUGGCGAAAACCACAUAUUGACUGUACCCAGUGAUUCGUUUGUAAAUGCUAUUUAUGUGAUAGUUGCGGACAAUCAGAUUACAAUAAAAAUCAAGUACAAUGAGUCGGAUGGGACUUUGACAAGUUUUACCAAGGAACUUGGUCAAAUCAGUGAUAUAACGGUCCCCUUGUGGCUAAAAAAUAACCUGGUUACUUGA